AUGGCGCUGGAAGGGCGUAUGCAUUUCGCCGUGCGACCCCUGCCGGCCCACAGUGGCCUCGACGGCGCAUUCCGCAUUCACAUCCCACCCGAACAGCUCGACGUCCUUGGCCUGAGAGUGGGCGACGUGUGUGAGGUUUCGGGCGGCGAACAUGGCACUGACCUCCUCGGUCACGGCAUCGCAUGGCGAGCCACCGAAAAACUCGGCGCAAAUCCCAAGCAGAAGCCGGCAAAGAUGACCGACACGCUACGUCACGCCUUUAAUAUCAAAGAGGGCAGCCACGUCAAUCUUAGUCCGAGCCGUGCGAAGAUUGCCAGGGCUGACAAGGUCGUGCUUACCGAUGUUACUCCAACAGAGUUCCUCAAUGGUGAUGCAGCGGAGACGGAAGAUGAGAAGUGGUGGUGGCGAUGUGGACACACGCUGAGCAACUGCGAGGCUUUUGCGAGUGGCACCAAUUUUGACGUGACUGCAAGGAAGGGCAUUAGGAAGCGCUUUCAUGUCGAGCACGUCGACGCAGCGACUACUGCUCCCGGCAUUCCAGCUCUGUUCUACUUCAACGAUCACACCAAGCUUGUCAUUAACGGACUGGACGUUACCCCCAACACCACAGCUGCCAAUGGAGACCACCAUGGCUACGCCGGAAUUGAUGCGAAGCAUAUUGGCGGCCUCUUAGACCAAAUCAAGACCCUCAACGCCAGUAUGAAGCGUGUGAUCGAAGACACUCGAGCACCUCAAGGCCUUACUCGUCACGCCGGCGUGCUCAUCCACGGGUACGAAGGUACGGGUAAGUCCAUGCUGCUCAGCCGUAUGAAGCGCGCUCCAUUUCGAAAGGUACUCUACUUGGACGAGCUGGAGCUCGAUUCUCCAUCCGCCUCGAAGAAUCAAGCUCAUAUUGAGAGUACCUUCACCACUGCUUUGGACAACCAGCCAAGUCUCAUCCUCAUCGACGAUCUCCAUGAGCUCGCACCCGCAAACGGUUCUGCGUACGGGAAGGCUUUGACGAAACAAUUCAAUAGGCUCAACGGCGCUCAAGUCCUGGUCGUGGCGACGUGUCGCAACCCUGACGAUGUCUUUCAGAGGCUCAUCGGAGUGGGCCUUCUAUCCCGAAACGUUGAGUUGCCAGUUCCAGACCAUGUCGCUCGGAUUGACAUUCUCGACGCCCUACUCGAUGGAUCAGAUACGGAGGCAGACGUUGCACGAGACCUCGGUCGCCGCACUCACGGCUUCACAGGCAGAGAUCUAGCUCUGCUCAUCACUCUGGCGCGAGAACAGGCCGUAGAACAGUCUGAAGCGAGAGAGGAGUUCGAGAGUCGAGACCUGCCCAACCACGAAUCGAUGUCAUCUUUGCUGAUCUCGUUCGACGGAGCGGCGAACAAUCAAGCCGUUGCUAAAGUGGAUGCAACUCAGGCACAACCCAAGGAGAAGCCACUGAUCACAAUCACUACAGAAGACUUUGACUAUGCCCUGACACAAGUGCGACCCACAGCGUUGCGCGAGUUCCUCUUCGAGAAGCCACAAAUCCAAUGGUCCGACAUUGGUGGAUCUCAAGCCAUCAAAGAACGCUUCGACCACAUCAUCGGCUGGCCACUUGACUACGCAGAAGACAUGACAACCCUCCGCCUAGAGAGCACAAAAGGCAUUCUCCUCUACGGCCCACCAGGCUGCUCCAAAACCAUGACCGCGCAAGCGGUAGCAAAGACCUACGACCUCAACUUCAUCGCCGUCCAAGGCGCCGAGCUAAUCAGCAUGUACGUCGGCGAGUCCGAGCGCGCGAUCCGCAACCUCUUUAGCAAAGCCCGGGCCGCCGCACCGUGCGUCGUCUUCUUCGACGAAAUCGACUCGAUCGCUUCUGUUCGAGAAGGCGGUGCUUCGAAAGGACUAAACGUCCUCACGACCCUGCUAAACGAAAUGGACGGUUUCCGUCCGCUCAACAACGUCAUCAUCCUCGCGGCCACCAACAAGCCCGAAGUGCUCGACUCGGCAAUCAUGCGGCCCGGCCGCUUCGACGCGCAGAUCUAUCUCGGCCCGCCGGAUACGUUGGCGAGACAGGAGAUUUUCAGCAUUCAAAUGAAGGGUGUUCCGAAGGGAGGAUAUAUUGAUUUCAUCCGCUUCGUCAGGGCCACGGAUGGCUUUACCGGAGCGGAGAUUAAAGAGUUGUGUAAUUUGGCGAAGGAGAGGGCGUUUGUGCGGGCGCAUGGUGCUGAGGCUCCGGCUGAGCUUCAGCUUCUUGAGGAGGAUUUCGAGUAUGCACUGCCCAGGACGAAGAAGAGGGUUUCGGUGGACAUGAUUGAGGCUUACCUGGCCUUUGCUGGGAAGCAAUCUAGUUGA